GUGUAUAUGAACGUUUACAGGUCGUUUGUCCUAUAAAUCGUCCUAGUUAAUUCAGUUUAAUAACGCUAUAUAAAGCAAACAAACGUGGGGAAAGGUGAACACACAUCCAGAAUAAACAUGCUUGAUAAUUAGAAAUUGAAUGGAUUAUGCCUCUAGGAACUUACAGUGUUAUAUAACUUGAUUUGUUUUUGCGUUUAAUCACAUCUGUCAUAUAACCUGCUCAACGAGUGUUCAUAUCACACGUAAUUUCAGUAAGGAUUAUAACUCCAAAAAGUGUUUAAAAAAGAUAAUGGUGCAUUCGAAUUAUCAGGAAUGGAACAUUAUUUGACGUUCGUAUCGUCCAAGCAUUGACCGCUUGUACGAAUAAAGUCAGUGCUAUUGAACUGCAUAUUAUAAAUUAUACAACUUCUCUGAUUCUGAAGAUUUGUUUCGGGUGCCACAGUUUACACAAUGGGGCAAUCUUUUGACGAAUUCUGCGGGGAAACGAAAAUAUGGGACACAGACAUCCUACUGAACAGCUCCUACCCGAGGUUCACGGAAUGUUUUCAGAACACUUUACUGAUAUGGAUCCCGUGCGCGGUCGUGUGGGUGUCACUUCCGUUUUACAUGAGGUUCUUCCUGAAGACAGACAACAUGGCGCUCCCGCUGUCGUUUCUAAGCGUCACAAAGACGUUCGUCUCUCUCGUGCUGUUCUUGCUGACAUGCGUGGAUCUUCUGUACUCCAGUCAGAAUCAGACCACCGGUCUCAACGACUUCACGGCCUUCUUCGUGGGCGGCAGUGUCAAUGCGGCGACGUUUCUGCUUGUUGCGGUACUGGUUCAGAUGGAGAGACUCCGAGGACUCACGACUUCCGGUGUGAUGUUCAUAUUUUGGUUCCUAACUGCCAUAGCAUCUGUGGUACCAUUCUACACGCGAAUUGAAGAAAAUGAGACAGACGACACCUUCCGUUUCUCUAUGUUCUGUGUUUACUUUGGUCUUGUUUUGGUCCAGCUGGUUCUCGCCUGCUUCGUGGAAAAGCAGCAGAGACGCGGGUACCAGGCACUGGAAAAGCCCCAGUGUCCAGAAGCAACAGCCUCGUUUCCAUCCCAGCUUACAUUUAAUUGGAUCACAUCGUUAGUGGUCCAGAUCUACAAACAUGGAAUCAAAGAUGGGGAAUUAUGGGAACUUCAUCCUCGUGACCAAUCAGAUUCAUUCAUCCCUGACGUCUUGCGCGCGUGGAAGCACGAGCUCGCGAGAGCGAGACAAAAACAAAAAUUAAAGGAAAGACGCAGGGCGAAAAAAGACAGUUACCAUGGACAGCACGAGACGAGCUUUACCAACCGGCUGACAUCAUCAUCGGAACACACGCCGCUGCUUGCGUCAUCGGGCGGGAAAUAUGGCAUUAAUGCAUCCACCAAAAAGGAAGAUGAUAAAAAGAAAGAAAAUGAGACAAAAAAGAAUCAAGCUAGCCCGUCACUGUUAAAAGUGAUCGUCAAAUGUUUUGGAUGGGCUAUAUUGAAGGGUUGGGCGUGCAAGUUGGUAUAUGAUGGUCUACAGUUUGUCAGCCCUUUGGUGCUCAGCCUGCUGAUUAGUUACGUUGAAAACAAAGAAAACGAACCUUACGUAUGGAAGGGGUACGUCUACGCCGCCUCCUUAUUCGUCGUUGCAAUGACCCAGUCCAUCUUCUUCCACCAGAAUUUCCACGCCAGUAUGACCGCGGGUAUGAGGGUCAAGUCGGCCCUGAUUGCGGCUGUUUACAAUAAGGCUCUGACAAUGACGAGUGAAGCCAAGCAGACAUCUACAGUAGGAGAAAUUGUCAACCUGAUGUCUGUGGACUGUCAACGCCUGCAAGACCUUACAGGCUACCUGUGGAUGUUAUGGUCUGCGCCUGUACAGAUGAUUCUGGCCAUGGUAUUGCUGUGGAACACUUUGGGACCGUCCGUCCUGGCUGGGCUGGGCAUACUGAUUCUGCUAAUGCCCGUUAACGCCGUGAUCGCUACCAAGAUGCGGAAGUUCCAGGUCCAACAGAUGACCUUGAAAGACUCUAGGAUCAAACUAAUGAAUGAAGUUCUCAAUGGAAUCAAGGUUCUCAAACUGUAUGCAUGGGAGCCGUCUUUUGAGAAAAAGAUCCUCGAAGUCCGGAAUAAGGAAUUGAACGUUAUAAAGAAGGCGGCAUACCUGGGAGCCGUUAGUACGUUCUUCUGGUCGUCUGCACCGUUCUUGGUGACGCUAGCGACGUUCGCUACCUACAUCCUGAUUGACGACCAGAACCAAUUGGACGCCAACAAGGCCUUCGUGUCCCUGUCGCUGUUCAACAUCCUCCGAUUCCCCAUCAACCUCCUUCCAAUGAUUAUCUCCUAUGUUGUUCAAUGUAAUGUGUCCCUCGGUCGAAUCAGCCGAUUCCUACAGAACGAGGAUAUCGAUCCCAACAACGUGAUCCGAACCGACUUUUCAGAUCACGCGAUGUCGAUAGAAAAUGGCGUCUUCUCUUGGUCAAAGACGGGAACACCAACUCUGCAAGAUAUCAACAUUGAAGUGGGUGAUGGUAAGCUAGUCGCUGUCGUGGGGCAGGUCGGAGCGGGAAAAUCGUCUCUUGUUUCUGCCUUGCUCGGAGAAAUGGAGAGAAUUUCCGGUACAGUAAAAGUGAAGGGCUCUGUGGCUUAUGUCGCACAGCAGGCUUGGAUUCAAAACGCCACCGUCCGGGACAACAUCUUGUUUGGUAAAGAGCUGGACCAGAACAAGUACCGCCAGGUGAUUGAAGCAUGUGCUCUCGAGCAGGACCUUGAGAUACUCCAGGGUGGGGAUAUGACAGAGAUCGGCGAAAAGGGUAUCAACUUGUCGGGAGGUCAGAAGCAGCGAGUAAGCCUUGCGCGUGCAGUGUACCACAACGCCGACGUCUACCUCUUUGACGACCCGCUCAGUGCCGUCGACUCUCACGUCGGCAAACAUAUCUUCAACAAGGUCGUCGGAUCAAAAGGACUGUUGAGAAACAAGACACGUAUCUUGGUGACGCACGGUGUUCACUGGCUGCCGAUGGUGGACACAAUCGUCGUAAUGAUUGACGGCCGUGUGUCAGAAAUGGGCUCUUACGAGGAGCUUCUAUCACACGAUGGAGCGUUCGCCCAGUUUCUCAAGACAUACCUGACACAGGAGCAUGACGAUGAAGAUGACGACCCCGAGGUUCAACAAAUAAAGAGCCGGAUAUUGGAGCGGGUUGACUCGGUCACAUCCGGCACAGAUGGAACAGAGAAAUCAGGAGACGAAGACGUCGUCGCCCGUCUAAGAAAAACUCCGGCGAAGAGUACUAAAACCUCUAAACCCCCGAUGGCGCGUUCUAUCUCGGCCAUGGAACCGGAAGUCGGAAAGGGAAAAUGGCAAGAAGAGAAAGACCCGAAAAAAACAGACAAACUCAUCGAGGCGGAGAAGGCGGAGACCGGAAACGUAUCAUGGCGCGUGUACUUCAAGUAUCUUGCGGCGAUCGGAGCCUUCUACUCGGUUCUCAUUCUGGUUUGCUUCAUCCUGUACCAAGGUGCGGCUAACGGCGCCAACAUCUGGCUGCAACAGUGGACCGAUGACAAAUACCUUCAGGACCUCAAUAACGUUAACACGACCGAGUACAAGGACAAGAAUUACAUGUACCUUGGGGUUUAUGGCGUGUUUGGUGUGGGGCAAGCGGUUCUUGUGCUGAGUUACGCUGUUUUCGCGGCUAUGCGGAUGAUCCACGCGGCAGGCGUGAUGCAUAACGGUAUGCUGGCGAACAUCCUCAAGCUGCCCAUGGCGUUCUUCGAUACGACCCCGCUUGGCAGGAUUGUCAACAGGUUCUCAAGAGAUGUAGAAACAAUAGACAACGCUUUGGCGAUGAAUUUCCGAAUGUUUCUCACCACGUUUUUCUCAGCUCUCAGUACCGUGGUGGUAAUCAGUUACACGACACCAACCUUUUUGGCUGUGUUGGUUCCCGUCAUGUUACUGUACUACAUGGUCCAGCGUUUUUACAUCCCCACAUCUCGCCAACUGAAGAGAAUAGAAUCCACUACUCGCUCGCCCAUAUACAGUCACUUUGGGGAAAGCAUAGCUGGUGCAAGCAGUAUCCGAGGGUACCGUGUAGAACAGCGCUUUAUGUAUGAAUCCAAAGAAAAGGUGGAUAAGAACAUGGUAUUCUACUUUGCUGGGAUAGCUUCGAACAGAUGGCUUGGUUUCCGACUGGAGGUACUCGGCAACCUCAUUGUGCUAGCGGCGGCAAUAUUUGCAGUUGUCAAAGACGGGAACACCGGAGGUUUAGUCGGGCUAUCUAUUUCAUACGCUUUACAGGUGACGGGCGCUCUGAACUUCCUGGUGCGAAACACGAGUGAUGUUGAGACUAACGUGGUUUCUGUUGAGCGCGUGCGGGAGUACACGGAGGAACCCACGGAGGCCGAGUGGGUGUUGCAUUUCAAGCGUCCUUCAUCAGAUUGGCCUGACCAGGGUAACGUUCGCUUCAACAACUACUCGACCCGUUACAGGGACGGUUUAGAUCUGGUGCUGAGGGGCAUCUCUUGCGACAUACGAGGAGGAGAGAGGGUUGGAAUAGUAGGACGAACAGGCGCGGGUAAAUCUUCCCUGACGGUGGCGCUGUUCCGGUUGAUCGAGGCGGCGGGAGGCAACAUUGUCAUUGAUGGCCAGCGGAUAUCAGACCUCGGACUGCAUGACCUGAGGUCCAAACUUACCAUCCUACCACAGGACCCUGUACUUUUCUCCGGUACCUUGCGAAUGAACCUUGAUCCGUUUGACCAGUACACGGACAAUCAGGUGUGGGUGGCCCUCGAACACUCGCAUCUUAAGGCGUUUGUAACCGGUCUGCCGGAUGGACUGGAGCAUGAGUGCGGGGAGGGAGGACAGAAUUUGAGCGUUGGACAAAGGCAACUGGUGUGCCUAGCGCGGACACUCCUCAGAAAGACCAAAGUGUUAAUCUUGGAUGAGGCAACCGCAGCUGUGGACAUGGAGACGGAUGAUCUUAUCCAGAACACCAUCCGGGAAGAGUUCAGGGGCUGUACCAUACUGACAAUUGCUCAUAGGCUCAAUACUAUCAUGGAUUACGAUAAAAUAUUGGUUCUUGACCAAGGUCUCAUAAAGGAAUUCGACUCGCCCGAGAAUCUGCUAGCCGAUACCACCACAGUCUUCUACGGCAUGGCGCGCGCAGCAAAUCUCGUCUGAAACAAAGUUACGAGUAACUAGUUGUCCCCAGUGAACAGUUGUCCCGAGUAUAUGAACAAAGCUUAAUUCGAACAGUUUGAGAAUUACAGGGUUGGACUAGAAGUGAAAAGUACUGAUUCAAAACAGCCAAACAGGGAAGAAAUCUAGUGCAAGUGAAAAAAUAACUUAUAUCAAAGGGUUGUAUAAACCAAGGCAGCAACUUGUAUUGAAAUUACGAUAGCAAAUAAGAUAUUCAUGUAUGGAACUAAAUAGUUUUGUUCAAAGUGGAAAUACAUCAUCUUUACUGUUGUAUGUAAUCUUUAGUAUGUGAGAAAUGUGUUUGCUUUCAAAAGGCUUUCAGACCUGAAUCAAUUAAUUUCAUAUUAUACAUGAAUGCAUGAUUUAUAGAUUGACAUGUAUAUACAUAUGUAGUUUGCUCACACGUAUGUAUUUUUCUUAUAUUAGCAGUAUUUAAUCAUAGGACUUUCAUUCCUAUAGGGAGAACUUGGCCGAUCGAACUUCUGUGAUAUGGCAAUUAGUUUUUUUAGAAUAAAUAUUUACUGGUGCUUGUUAUAUGGAUGAAUAUGGAAGAUUUGUAUUGAGUGAUUAGUUAAAUAAAUAUGUGGACUCUUU